UGACUGAGGAGUUGCCAUCUGGGACAGCUGGGCAGGAUGCGUUUGGGCCUGAGGCAGGCAGGCUGUGAACUAGACAGUAACGGGUGUGGGUGCGGGUGGCUGGGAUCUGGACGAGCUACCAAGAAUAAGUGGGAGUAUACCAUGGUCUGUCCCCUCCUUUUUCCCUCAAGAAGAGGAAGUUGUCCUGGAUAUAGAGAGCCCCACUCGCCAGCUUCUGACACAUGCGUCAUGGCUGUGAGACAGAGCUGGACAGAAGAUUCCAGGCCUUUGAGGGUCUUGCUGUUGUGCUCCCAAACCCUCACCCUCCUGGCUGCAGCUGCACCCACACCUCAGAAUGCCACAGCUAUCACUGGCUCUGCUGGGAUCUCACAGGACUCCAGACCCCCAGUGUUCCCAGUAGCUAAGCGGUGUCCAGCAAUGGAGGUGACUUGGCCAGAAGUGGAAGUGCCACUAAACGGGACGCUUGCCUUGUCUUGUGCCGCCUGCAGCCACAUCCCUGCCUUCCAUGCCCUCUACUGGCUAGGCAAUGGCUCCUUCAUCGAGCACCUCCCGGGGCCGCUGUGGGAGGGCAGUACCAGCCGGCACCACAGGCACACAGGCACCUGGCUGCAGAGGCCCCUGGUGCUGGAGGAGCUGACCCCCAUCUUGCGCAACACCAACUUCACUUGUGUGUCCGUGGACACUGAGCAGGUCGCCCUGCACCACGUCAUCCCAGCCCAGCUCUGGACAAUCCUGCCCUCGAGCCAAACCCCAGAACCACAGCUGCCCGCGACAGCAGGGUCGGGAUUCAACUCAACAAUAGCUCGACCUUGACCAGAGCCGGGCACUGCCUCUGGAGGAUGGAGCAUACUGGCUGUCGGAGCCUGUCUGCGAGCCGCUGCUCCACCCCGGCU